GUUUCAAUUUGCAAAAUGCAAUACCACUAAGGCAAGCUAAGGAACCGAACACAAAUUCUCUUCUCUCAUUUACCUUAACUUGUUUCUCUCUCUUUCUCUGCCUCCAAAAUAUUCAAACAAGAAAAGAAAGGAAUUCCACUCCUUACAAUUAACCUCUAUAUCUAACCCUACCAUUUUUCAAUCCUAGAAUCUUUUCUCUUCCUUCUUCACAAUGACAACAUUCACCACAACAACAACAACAAUGUUUAUCACCUAUGUUUUUCUAGGAUUUUCUCUCUUUCAAGAUAAUGGAUUCUUUCAAGGAGUGGAGUCAUUUGGAAUCAAUUAUGGUCAAGUAGCUAACAAUUUACCACCACCAGACAAAGUCCUUGAACUAUUAAGCACUCUAAACCUCACAAAAACAAGAAUCUAUGACACAAAUCCACAAAUUCUAAGUACAUUUUCAAAAUCAAACAUUGAAAUAAUUGUAACAGUUGAAAAUGAAAUACUUAACCAAUUAGAUGAUCCACAACAAGCAGUUCAAUGGGUGACAAGCCACAUCAUACCAUACUUACCAAACACAAAAAUAACAGGAAUUCAAGUUGGCAAUGAAGUUUUCACUGAUGAUGACACAACUCUUCUUCAACAUCUUGUUCCAGCAGUGAUUAAUAUUUACAAUGCUUUAGCUCAAUUAGGAUACUCAAACAUUUGGGUUUCAACGCCAAGUUCAUUAGCAGUGUUAGAACAAUCUUACCCUCCUUCAGCUGGUAGUUUCAAAAGUGAAAUCUCUAGCAUGAUGUAUCAAUUCUUGAACUUCUUGUCAACAACAAAAGCACCCUUUUGGAUCAAUGCAUAUCCUUAUUUUGCAUACAAAGAUGACCCAAAUGGAAUUUCAUUGGAUUAUGUGUUGUUUAAUCCUAAUGCAGGAAUGGUUGAUCCUAAUACUAAUUUACAUUAUGAUAAUAUGCUUUAUGCUAUGGCUGAUGCUGUUGCAUUUUCAAUAGCUAAAAUGGGAUUUAAAGGAAUUGAAGUUAGAGUGUCUGAGACGGGUUGGCCUUCUAGAGGAGACUCGAAUGAGGUUGGUGCUUCUCCCCAAAACGCUGCUACUUAUAAUAGAAAUUUGUUGAGGAGACAAAUGGUAAAUCAAGGGACACCUUUGAAUCCUCGAACGAGGUUGGAGGUUUACUUGUUUGCAUUGUUUAAUGAAGAUUUGAAACCUGGACCCACAUCUGAAAGAAACUAUGGUCUUUUUAAACCAGAUGAAUCUAUGACUUAUAAUGUUGGAAUUUCUAUUGCAACUCCCUCAUCUGCAUCAACUUCAUUUUCUCUUGCCUCCUCUGGCUCUAAGAUUAAGGUAGCUCCACAUGGAUACCAAAAUUUGGUGUAUUGGAUGUUUGUAUACGUGGUAGUUUCAAUCCUUUAUGUGUGAAGACCAUCCCUUAAUUUGUGGGAUUCAUGUCUAUAUACAUUAAGUACAGUUGGGGAUUUUACUUCUUUCAAGUGGCUAAAAAAAGAGACCCUACUCUUGAAACAAAGGCACUUUCAGAAUCUCAUACAUUAAAAAAGGUACCCUAUUUUGCAGAAAAUAGGACCAACACACUUUCCAAACAAUUGGGCAACAAAAUCAGCAAUAUGGCACACAAAGAAAGGAAUUGAAUCAAUAGAUUGGAAGAUUACCCAAUUAUGUCUUCAUCAAGUGGCUAUAGUUUCAUUAACCUACCCUACCAUUAGUCACAUUCUAGCAAUUAACAUGUGGAGGUGACACAAAGCUUAACUUAUUUAGGUAGAUAGGGGACAAAAGCCACCUCAUUCUUUCAACAUGCAAGAUAUUGCGAGAGAAUCAAAACUCUAGUUUUAUUUUUAAUUGUUUUAAUUAUCAAUUACCAAUAUUAUGUAAUUGUAUACCGUUGAUUAUAUGAAUUUAAUUUCACUUUUGUUUCUUCUA